AACUAAUCACUUCUAACAACUACAACUCCAGGGAACGAAACAAUGGGCUCAAAUCCAAUGACGUCACCUUUCCCUGGCCGCGUUUCAACAUUCAAACGGUCGCAGGAGAUUAACCACGGACGUCCUUCCUCUGCUCUCUUUCUUGAUUCCCGACCAAUUCUCCAUAUUCUGACUCCAUCACAAGAACAAUGUCGUCGUCCUUCUUCAAACUGGCGCACGACCUCAACGUGCCGAACCUGCACGUCACAUACACCUCGGUCCCGGUCGCAAACUCGACAACCAUCCUCGGCACAGACAUCUACACAUACCAACCCACGACCUCCACGAUGUCGUCCUACACCGAGUCCGCCGUCCCGCGCAAAAACCUCUCCUCGCAAGACGACCCCAAGGACACAGCGGCAAAACUCGCAAACGCGCAAAACGCGAGCGGAAGCGGCGGCGGCGCGUCGAAUCCCUGGGGCGCGGUCAAGCCCUCGCUCGGGGUCGUCAUCGCGCAUCCGUAUCCGCCCCUGGGCGGGUCGAAAUCCGACGGGCUGGUGCGGUCGCUUGCGCACCACUUUGUCGCGACUUUCGAGACCUCUGUCGUCGUCUACGCGUUCAACUUCCGCGGCGUGACGACCCGCACCAGUUGGUCGUCCAAGACCGAGCAGCAGGACAUGCUCGCUGUCUCCACCGCCAUGAUCAACGCGUACAACCCAACCCUGCGCACAGUGCUCCUGGUGGGCUACUCCUACGGCGCGCUCAUUUCCUGCAAGCUCGCGGCCGAACACCUCGACACCUUAUCCCAAACCGUCGACGUCGCGCUCUGGCUCAUCUCCCCGCCUCUCUGGCCCGUCUGCGGCCUUCUCACGCUCUCCGUCCGCGCGCGCGACUCGGAGCCCCAGUUUUACAAAUUCGUCGGCAAAGUCAAGCAGCGCCAAGUCGCCACGCUACCCGCGACCGCGGCCGCAAACUCCCCCGACGGCCACGUCCUCGUCGUGUACGGCACAGACGACACCUUCACGCGCAAAGGCCGGUUCCAGAAAUGGAUCCGCACGCAGCACGACCGGAUCGCGGAGGAAUACCACGGGUUCGACGUCGACGACUCGGCCUACGACGGCGGGGGCGAGAACUCGGCCGUGUCGGUCGUCGAGAUCGACGGCGGAUCGCAUUUCUGGCAGCAGGACGACGUCGAUAUGAUUUGGCAGAACCCGGUCGUCCAGAGGUUUCUGAGUAAGGUCAGUGGGAAGGAUUUGAGCGCUGUCGCGAAGAAAUCGUUGGAUGGGCCUGGUAGUGGGGCGAGUAGUGUUACUGAGGCUAGUAGUCCGGGCGGGUCGCGGAGUAGCAAUCAGUGGGGUAGAAAGAGCGGGUCUCCUUAAGCUUGUGGUUUUGUGUGUUUUUUCUGGGAAAAUUGUAUUAUAAUAAUAU